GCCCGAUGAGAAGACGAUCCCAAUGAGUUAUUAGAGCCAAGCACGUUUCGGACGUGAUCGGUGCUCGAAUUUCUUUGGGCACAUAACUACUUGUGUACAUGUGUUGUUGGGUUUAUCAACUGAGACGGGCUUUUUCGCUCCGUUUUUUAUUAUUCUUAUUUUAUUUUUUGCCUGCACUAUCAAUAGACCCACAUGAAAAACGACAGGCCGACCGACCAGGCGCGUGGGUUUGGCUGGGUCUGUCGCGACGCUCUCUCGUUCAUUAGUUGCCAUAGAGCUGGCGUGGUGUACGGACGCUCUCAGAUUGUGGGUCGAGUCGAGGAGUCCCUAUUAAAUUAACAAAUUAAUUGGACAAAAGGCUCGAGUUUCGGGUUACGGUUGCGUUUUCGUUUCGGCGACAUUCAAAAUGAGUGCCCUCAUAUUUCUGUGUGCUAUACUCAUUGGAUUCCUGAUUUAUUCACUCAUCACAUCAUUGCGACGUCCUAAGAAUUUCCCUCCAGGACCUCGUUUUGUACCAUGGCUAGGAAAUACCUUGCAGUUCCGUAAGGAGGCCCGCGCACUUGGCGGUCAGCACAUCCUAUUCGAACGAUGGGCUAAGGACUAUAAAAGCAACCUGUUGGGUUUGAAGCUGGGCAGGGAGUAUGUGGUGGUGGCUUUAGGACACGAGAUGGUAAAGGAAGUGCAGCUCCAAGAGGUGUUUGAGGGACGGCCGGACAACUUCUUCCUGCGCCUGCGCACAAUGGGCACCCGCAAAGGCAUCACUUGCACGGACGGACAACUGUGGUACGAGCACCGUCACUUCGCCAUGAAGCAGAUGCGUCAUGUGGGCUAUGGUCGCAGCCAGAUGGAGCAGCAUAUCGAGGUGGAGGCAGAGGAGCUGCUAGCCCAGCUGGAGCGGACAGAUGAGCAGCCGAUCGAGCCGGUUACGUGGUUGGCCCAGAGUGUUCUGAACGUACUGUGGUGCCUAAUUGCAGGCAAGAGGAUCGCCAGCGAGGAGGACAGCACGCUCCGCCGGCUGCUUGACCUGAUGAACCGACGCUCCAAACUCUUUGACAUAUGCGGCGGCCUACUGGCCCAGUUCCCCUGGCUACGCCACUUGGCGCCGGAUCGCACGGGCUACAAUCUCAUCCGCCAGUUGAACACAGAGCUAUACGGUUUCUUCAUGGACACUAUCGACGACCACCGAAGGCAGUUGGCAAAGGAACCGUCAUCGUCCGAUACUGACCUCAUCUACGCUUACCUCCAAGAGAUGCAGGACAGGAGUGCGAGCGGCGAGAGCAGCAGUACCUUCAACGAGACGCAGCUGGUGAUGACUAUUCUCGACUUUUUCAUUGCUGGCUCCCAGACCACCAGCAACACGAUCAACCUGGCUCUUAUGGUACUUGCAAUGCGGGCGGAUGUCCAGGAGAAACUGUAUGCUGAGCUGACUGGCAGCGUUGUUGCCGCCACCACAGAGGAUGCCUUCCCUCAUCUCAGCAAGCGGGAAUCCGUCGACUACAUGGAUGCUUUUAUCAUGGAGGUGCAAAGAUUCUUUCACAUAACUCCGAUCACUGGGCCGCGAAGGGCUCUAUGGUCCACAAAAUUGGGUGGCUAUGACAUCCCAAAGAAUGCCACCAUUCUGAUUGGUUUGCGUUCCGUGCAUCUGGACAAAGAGCACUGGGGGGAUCCGCUGGAAUUCCGUCCGGAACGCUUUAUCGAUUUAGCUGGAAAGUGCUCCAAGGAUGAAUACUUCAUGCCCUUCGGAAUGGGAAGACGCCGUUGCCUAGGCGAUGCUUUGGCACGCGCGUGUAUUUUCUCAUUCCUUGUGCGAAUCGUGCAACAUUUCCGUAUCGUCCUGCCGGCAGGGGAGACUCCCUCGAUGAUCCUACUGCCCGGGAUCACGCUGACGCCAAAACCCUACAAGGUGCAGUUCGUUAAGCGAUCCUAGGGUAGGACGAUUGAUUACUCUCAUUGUCGGAAUUCUAGGAUCUUAUGGUAUACUUUAUAGUUUGAAAAAUACUUGAAUAAAAAGAUUUAAUGGAAAAUAA